AACCCUCCUACAUACAAAAACAUCAGCCAUGUCUGCAACUGAUAUUGUCGCCAUUUCAGCCAGUGCUAAUUAUGUCACUUUCGAUGAUCUUCGUCUGGGUCGCUCAACACAACAAGUUGUCGGCAGACUUUUACGUUAUUGGGACGCUCGCAACAUCAAAAAGAAUGGAGAAUUCAUGGGGAUUGUCCUCCUUAUCCUAGAUGAGAAGGGAUUCAUCCCAGCUGGACGUGCUGAUCAAUUCCGCCAACUAUUAAGAGAGGAUGCAGUUUUCAACAUAGGAAGAUUUGAAGUAGGAAGGUGCAUUAACCUUUACAGGAUCACAGAUCAUCCGUUUGUUAUCCGUUUCCUUCCUGCGACCACCAUUGUUGAAAUGCAUGAUGUUAGCCCAACCAUAAAGCAUGAGAGAUUCAUGCUCCGCAACAUCGACCAUCUCCAAGCUUUAGCCAACACUAACCUCGAACUUCCUGACGUGGUAGGCCAGAUCCAGUUUGUUCAAGGGUCAAACCUUGAUGAUCCAACUUCCACACAGCGCUUGGUGGUUCGUUUCCGUGUUGAUACAUCUGUUGUUGUUUACCUCUCUCUCUGGGACGAUGCUGCUGCAACCUUUCGGGCACACCUGACCACUGGUGACACAAUGCAUUCAGUCAUGGUGGUUACUACCAUUAAUCCUAAGCUGUUUGGAGGUAAUCUAUACCUGAAUUCGACACCUGCCACAAGAUUCUAUUUCGAUAGUAACAUCCAUGCAAUCCAACAAUUGACCACAAGCCGGAUUGAAUCAUUACCUCAAGAUUUGCUUGGUCUAAUAGUGUGUAAAGUCGGUGCUGACUCUCCUGUGGAUUACCACAACUGCAUUCUUUCAUGCAAAGAGUUACGUGCUUCAUCCACAGACAAAAGAGUUUGUCAAAAACUCAGCCUUGCACCCCUCCUGAAGAAACCUAUAGCUGCAAACAAUUACCACACAAAAUACUUAGCACAACUGAAAUGGGCGGAUGACAUUACAACAGUAGACAUGUGCUGGGAAAAUCUAAAAGUAGCAUUGCAUGGGAUUAGAGUCAUCAGGAAAAAAGGCUAUGUGAAAUCACUUAACAAGAUGACACCCACAAUCUAUUGUCACCGCGACGACAUGGAUAACACAUGUGCUAAGUGCUUUUACUACAAACAAAUGUACAAGUUUGUCUACAUGAUG